CCCAUCCCAUGCAAAGAAAAAAUAAAAGGAACACAUCGCCCCAAAAUUCCCACCACCCAAGUAUUAAUCUCACUCAUAAAAUGAAACCCAUUUUUGUUCUCUUCAUAACACUCGCUUUUUGCAACCUUCUUGUAACUAGUUCCCAAACAACCCCGCAAACACAAACCCAUCUCCAAAAAAAAGCAGACAACGAAACCAUAUACAAGAUUUCCAAGCAGCUGUGCUGGGGCUGCAUAGCGGAGUCAUUCGAGUUCUUGUUCCACCACAACUUGGUUAGGGCGGCCAAGUGGGAACUUCCAUUGAUGUGGGACUUCGAGCUUGAGAAGUACGCGAGGUGGUGGGCGGGACAGAGGAAAGCCGACUGCAAAUUGCAGCACUCUUUCCCCGAAGACGGAUUUAAGCUCGGGGAGAAUAUAUACUGGGGAAGUGGGUCCUCGUGGACUCCGAGGGACGCGGUGGAUGCUUGGAGCGGUGAAGAGAAGUAUUACACGUACGAGACCAACAGCUGCGCGGCUGGUCAGAUGUGCGGGCAUUACACGCAGAUUGUUUGGAAGGAUACCAGGAUACUUGGGUGUGCUCGAGUCGUUUGUGACGAUGGUGAUGUUUUUAUGACUUGUAACUAUGAUCCUGUUGGUAAUUAUGAAGGCCAAAAGCCUUAUUGAUUAAGUAUUGGUAAUUAAUUAGCGCUAUUAAUUAAUUUCCAAUAUAUUAUUUAAUAAUAUUGGGGGUGAUGGGUAUACGAAUUUGCAUCUAAAUGUGUAGGCCGUACGUCGUCAAUGUGUUUGGUUUGCUAGAAUACUAGAUAUUUACUUAUUGUUUGCAUUUAAAUGUUAAAUAAAUUAUGAAUAAAAAAAUCAUAUAUAUAUAUAUAUA